GGGGGGCGUGACCAAGAUGGGUGCGCGGGCGCGCACGGACGCAGCCCCACGUGCCGUCCCAGUCCGCCUGGCGCUCCGUGGGGUCCGGUUCUGCCUGGCUCUUCGCCUGACCCGAUGCCGGGUCCGGCCUGGCCAUGGGCGCGGGCUCAGUGCGGGCGCGCUACCUCGUGUACUUCCAGUACUUGGGCACGGACUUUAAGUACGUCCUCUGGGCCUCCCAUCCGUGCCCGCAAACCCCCUCGUGUAGCUCGGCGCCGCGAGGAGCACCCGAGCUCGAGCCGGAGAGCAGCCGACGGCCGGCGUCCGAGGGGUUGGAGGGAUCUAAGUUUAGGACCUCCGGCCUCGGGCCUCAGCCUCCCGGGGAUGGAACGGCCGCCUUUGGCCGCAGAAGACGGGACGGGCGGCGUCCCUGGCGGGGCGGGGCGGCCUCGCGCGCUAACCUCCACCCGCCCUGCCCACAGCGGGGUCGCGGCAGUCAGGGGCGCCCAGCACGCCAUCGGAGUCCAGAACUACCUGGAGGAGGCCGCAAAGCGGCUGAACUCGGUGGUGCCGGUAAAGUUCACUAUCUCCAGCCGCACGGAUGCUGGGGUCCAUGCCCUGAGCAACGCGGCGCACCUGGAUGUCCAGCGCCGCUCAGGCCGGCCCCCCUUCUCCCCUGAAGUCCUGACGCAAGCCCUCAACACGCACCUGAGGCACCCGGCCAUCCGGGUAUUGCAGGCCUUCCGUGUGCCCAGCCACUUCCAUGCCCGCCACGCCGCCACGUCCAGGACUUACCUGUACCGCCUGGCUACCGGCUGCCGCAGUCCUCACCAGCUGCCCGUGUUUGAACGAAAUCGGUGCUGGGCGCUUCGGGCUGACUGCUUGGACGUGGCUGCCAUGCGGGAGGCCGCCCAGCACCUCCUGGGGACACAUGAUUUCAGGGCCUUCCAGUCGGCUGGCAGCCUGGCCACCAGCCCGGUGCGCACCCUGCGCCGAGCCUCUGUGUCUCCCGACCCUGCCAGCAGCCCCUUUGUCCUCCCCGAGGAGAGCAGGCGGUUGCAGUUCUGGAGCCUGGAGUUUGAGAGCCAAUCCUUCCUAUACAGACAGGUGCGGAGAAUGACAUCUGUGCUGGUGGCCGUGGGGCUGGGGGCUUUGAUGCCUGCUCAGGUGAAGGUGAUUCUGGAGAGCCAGGACCCUCUGGGCAGGCACCAGAGCCACGUGGCUCCCGCCCACGGCUUGUUCCUGAAGGCGGUGCUCUAUGAGGGCUUCGGUCCUGCCUCUAUGUGCCCUCAGAGUCCGCAGCACAGAGGUCACAGGUGACCCCUGAUAUGCAGCAAGGUCAGGGCAGCCGUGGCACGCUAGGCCCAGCUGCUGGAUGCUGCCCAGCUCUACACCACCGUGCAUCU